GGUAUCAAUUGCAUUAUACGUUCCUAUCAUCUAAUUUUAAACUAGCGGAACUUUUUUUCUAGCGUUAUAAAAGGCGUGAUACAAGUUCUUUCUCAUAAAACCAAAAAAAGCUACCAGACUAUAAGAGAAAAUGGAGCAGGCAAGGAUGUUAUGGCUGUUUGCAGGGUUAGCCUUCCUUGCUAAUCUUUAUUCAUGCAACAGUAUUGAAGGGUUGGAUUUUGCUGAACUUCAUGAACUUUCUGGUAAUGAUGAUUUCCACCAUGACGAACGAGAGUUUACAGAAAUAGUAAUGGAUCACAAUAAAUGUUACUUACCGCGUCCGUGCAAAAUUUCUCUCCCGCAACACACAACGUCUAAAAAAUGUCUGAUGAAACGUGCGUUCGACACCAUAAAAGCAAGAUUCUGGUACAAAAUUACAGACGAAACACAACAAUCAACAAUCAAUUUUCCGUUCAAGUUUAUCCCCUUUUUGAACCAGACAAACAAUUCAAUCGCUUUUUACUACGCCAUCGAUAAAUUCGAAUCAAAAUAUUUCAUACUUUAUUUAACAUGGGUGAAAACUAUGGGUGUUGUUUUAGAGAAGAUGAACAAAGCUUUUGCCCUAGCACCUUUUUUCACCAUUAAAGAGUAUGAAAUCGUGCAUCAAUCUUUCGAAGCCGCUAUUAAAAGUUUGCGAGUUCCACAACAUUUUAACAGUCCUCAGUCUGAUCCAUCACACACAAGUUUUAUUUCAAACAAGAAAUGGGAAGAUGAUGACACUUUCAGUCAAUACGUUUUAACAAUGCAAUGUCCAUGGACACUUCGUAAGGUGACUAAACGCGGUAAAGUUGGACUACAAUUUUCAAAGCUAGUAAAACAGUUGAAUCCAGUAUUUGAUUUCACUGCAGCCUUAUCGCAAGCAUAUGGACGAAGGAUAACUUUGUACCAAGCAGCACGUCAACAACGUCUAUAUGUUUUGUAUAAUGAGGAACACAAUGGCAUGCCAACUUUCGAAGAUAUUCUUGAUAAAAACCCAAACGAUACGCGUACACUGAUUAAUGUCACCUCACCAAUCACUUUAUUCAUCAGAAAUAGAAGACGUCAAUUGAAAGUAGUUGCUAUUCAGUGGGAUUACUUACCAUCUUCUGAUGUAUUCACGCCAAGUUCACCGAAAGCACAAUGGUUGAGUGCAAGAGGAAUGGCUUUGCAGGCCCACCAAGAUGUCUGCCAAUUUAAACAUCAUCUUGGCCAUGUACAUUUUGUUUACACAAUCUUCUGCCUUGCCUUCCGACGACACUUCAGCACGCUACAUCCUUUAUAUGAUGUUCUCAAAUUUCAUUGCGAAGGGACAACCCCUCACAUAUCCACUGCUUAUCCAGCCCUGUCCUUUCCCCAAUCAUAUGGACAUCAGUACUUUGCAGUGUCGCAUAUUGGUGUGGCUAACUUGUCGACACAAGCAUAUCAGGAAAGAAGAUAUGGAAUGUUUGACUUUGAAACACUCAUGAAGAAACGUGGUCUUAAUGAUAGAUUAUUGAGAUAUAACCCAUUUCGUGACGAUGGCAAAGUGAUUUGGCGUGAAUUAAAAUCAUUUGCUUAUCGAUUAGUAAAAAUGUAUUAUCGUCGUGAUCUUGACGUCAAAAUGGACAGAGAGCUGCAGAGUUUUGCUAAUGAAGUAUCUGCUGAUGGUACUGGACAAGACGGUGGCAAAGGAAAGUUCACCGGAUUUCCCUCAUCAUUUUGUUCCCGCCAUCAACUGUCGCUCUUUAUCACAAGAUUUCUGUGGUAUAAUAUCAUACAUGUUACGGUUAAUUAUGCGAUUUCCCCUACGUAUUUACCAAUGAUGCCAGUGAAACUGUACAAUGACACAGCUCCAAAUGCAGCUGGAAAGUACGCACAUUUCUUGCCAGAUAGCAGAGUAACAGUGGGUGCAACGCAUUUUGGAGACACCCUAAGUCAUUUCCGUGCGAAUCGAAUUAUGGAUUACUACGAUAGGGUGAACGAUAAGAAGCUGCGUUAUCUAGUUAAGAGAACGUACAAUCGAUUUAAUUCGUGUAUCCAACGUAGCUUGCAACGUCGAAACGCACGACGAAAAGCAGCUGGAUAUUUGGGGAUGCAAUACCUGGAGCCCAAAUGGUUAACCAAUAGUGUUCAUAUCUAAAAAUGCUAAUGCUAUGUUCCGUCGUAGUUUAAAUUUCAGUAAAUUAUGAAUCAAAUCCUUUGUAAUAAACUCGAGUUUUGAUUUUCUAUGAAUGAAAAAUAAAUAAA